GAGGGUCCAGUGAUCGAUUGGGUAUUGUUCGUCGGUAAACUGGUCAGAAAGAAGUAGAUCGGAGGAGAAGUCAGGCUUCAUAAAUCAAAAUAGAUCGUUUAUCAAUUGCUAAAGAAACCAGUCUUUCAUCAAUCCUCUUUUAGAUCGCAUAUACAACAAGUUCUAGAAACAUCAUGUUGCUUGCUUCAACCUUCACAUUGAUCAGUCUGCACGGCUAUUAAUUGGGGACAUAAGCAGCAAAGGCAUAUGCCAGCAACUCAUAUGAUUGCCAGAUCUAUGGUAUGAUCAUAUCUACAACCGAACAACAAAAUUGAUGAUAUCACUGUAGUUGCUUUAAAGAUGUCUUCAGCCCAAGAUCCAUUUUACAUUGUAAAGGACGAGAUUCAAGAUUCUAUUGAUAAGCUGCAGGCUACCUUUCAUCAAUGGGAACACAUCCCUGUAGCCAGUGGGGAGCAGUCCCGACUCACAAAAGAACUUCUUUCCAACUGUGAGAGUAUUGAAUGGCAGGGAAGGUGGAUGAGCUGGAAAAGGCUAUAUCUGUAGCAGCUAGAGACCCUUCUUUAUACGGCAUUAAUGAACUUGAGCUUGAAAAGCGAAGAAAGUGGACCAGCACUGCUCGGGUUCAAGUGGCUAAUAUUAAGAGGACAGUGAGCACUUCAAACUUUGGUGGGAUGCGUCAAGAACUAAUGCGAAUGCCAAAGAGUCAUCAGCAGGAUAGGAGCGCACCAUAUGUUGCUAUAGAUAAUGAUGAUUUCAUAUCUUCUGAAUCAGAUAGGCAGAUGCUUCUCAUCAAGCAACAAGACGAAGAGCUUGAUGAGCUAAGUGCAAGUGUGGAAAGGAUCGGAUCUGUGGGGCUUACCAUACAUGAUGAACUCAUUGCACAGGAUAAAAUUAUAGAAGAAUUAGGUUCAGAGAUGGAUAGCACAACCAAUCGCCUCGAUUUUGUUCAGAAAAAAGUGGCUGUAGUUAUGAAGAAGGCGAGUGCCAAGGGUCAGUUUAUGAUGAUCUUGUUUUUGCUCGCCCUGUUUAUCAUUUUAUUUGUUUUGGUUUUCUUCACCUAAGCUAAUUGGAUAUCUUGUCACAUUAUACUUUUUGUCCCAAUAUUGUAAACUCCGAAUGCAUGCAUGCAUGUUGUAUCGUUUUCUUUGGAAUUGGUUUUUGAGGUGUACAAUUACACAUUGGUUGCUCAUGUCUUAAAUCAUUGUCCUAAAAAAUAAAAAUA